AUGUUCUCCUUGAUCUCUAUCCUCUGGUUCCUGAAGAUUUCCUUUAGUUUUUGUCAUUUGAGUGACCCCAGAUGCUUUUGGAGAAUAAAAGACACUGAAAAUAAUCUAGGAGAUAAAGAAAAUUAUUGUCUAUUUUCUAUUUCCACAAAACAUGGUUAUGUGAAGAAUGAUUUUUUCACUUGGAUUCUAGACAAGCAGUAAGAGCCUACACAAAACAGAUUGUUGUACAGUUGUUCACUGUUAAUUUGUCACCAAUACAUGGAAAUUUAUAUCAUUAGUAUAAACAUGACAGCACAACUCAGUAUAUUUAUAUUAUUUAGAGACUCACAAGAGGUUGGAUACAUUUGUAAUAAUGAGAUGAAGAAUAAAUACUUUCUCUCAUGAAUACAUUUUACUCAAGCACACUUUGCUUUUACAAGUAUUCCUCUGCAUUCGUUCAUGUUCAUAUUGUUGCCUAUGUUAUGUAUUUUUCAGCUUUACUGUGGUCAUUUUCAUCUUCAUUUGAGUGAUAAUGAGCAANUUCCUCAUCUUUACCAGAUAUCUCCAAAGGACACAUCUCUACCACUAGCCAUGGUGUCCUUAGUGGUUUAUUUCAGAUGGAACUGGAUAGGAGCGAUAGUAACAAAUGAUGACCAUGGAAUUCAAUUCCUUUCUGAAUUGAGAAGAGAAAUGCAAAACAACAUUAUCUGUUUAUCGGUUGCUAUUAUUAUCAAAAUUGAUAAGUUCAUGGACCUUAAAGAGUUACAUAUGUAUUAUAAACAAAUCUUAAUGUCAUCAGCAAAAGUUGUGAUAGUUUAUGGAUACAAAGACUCUUCCAUGAUCCAUGCCCUCAUUGUGUUCAAAUCUGAAGGCAUUUUUCGAAUCUGGGUUAGUGUGUCACAAUUUGAUAUGAUCACGUUUCUAGGAAAUUUCUUGCUGUACUCCUCUAUGGGGACUUUCAUUUUUUCACACCANAAACCUGAAAUAUCUGGCUUUGAACAAUUUAUCCAAAGAGUACACNCUUCAAACUACAGUAGUGGAUUUUACUUAGCCAAACUAUGGUGGACAUAUUUUAGUUGUUUAUUGCCACCCUCUAAUUGUAAGAAGCUGAAGAAUUGNCCCACCAAAAAUGUAUUUAAAUGGUUAUUCAUGACACCAUUUGGAAUGGCCAUGAGUGAUACAUGCUACAACCUAUACAAUGGUAUGUAUGCUGUGGCCCUCUCACUUCAUGAGAUGCUUCUGCAACAAGUAGACACAUGGUCAAAGAAUGCUGGGAUAGAACUGGAAUUUGACCCUUGGAAGAUGUUCUCUAUUCUGAAGACAUUACAAUUUGUAAAUCCUGCUGGAGACCUAGUCUACAUGAACCAGAAUUUGAAACAGGAUGUAAAGUAUGACAUUUUCUAUAUCAUGGAUUUUCAAAAAGAUUAUGGACUUAAAAUGAAAAUAGGAAGAUUUUCAGCGCAUCUUCCAAGUGGUGAGCAGCUAUAUAUGUCUAAGGAAAUGAUGGAGUGGGCUACAGAUAUUGAUCAGAUUCCACCUUCAAUAUGUACUAUGCCUUGUAGACCAGGACUCAGAAAAUCCUCUCAGGAAGGAAAAGACAUCUGUUGUUUUGAUUGUAACCCCUGCCCAGAAAAUGAAAUUUCCAACACGACAAACAUGGAUCAGUGUGUGAAGUGUCCAGAAGAUCAAUAUGCCAAUGAAGACCAUACUCUCUGUCUCCAAAAAGUUGUGACUGUUUUAGAUUAUAAAGACCCUUUGGGAAAGGCUCUGGCUGGCUUUGCUCUAGGCUUCUCUGUCCUUACAUCUGUUGUAUUGGGUGUCUUCCUGAAACACAGAGAUACUCCCAUAGUCAAAGCCAAUAACCAAACUCUCAGCUAUGUCC